UUCUUUCCUCACUACACACAAACAUUGAAACACACUAAAGAAGCAAAGCUUAGGUAAAGGAAGAGAUCGACAAUGGCGGUUGUCAUCACCGAAGAGUUGAAGGCGAAGUCGGAGGUUUACUACGGCGAUGAGAUUUGCCGGGAGAAGUCUAAGUUCCUCCUUCAAGAAGUGAACCUCCCUCGCGGCCUCCUUCCUCUUAGGGAUAUCAUUGAAUGUGGGUAUGAUAAGGAGACGGGUUUUGUGUGGCUAAAGCAAGAGCAAAAGAUUGAGCAUGUGUUUACGAAGAUCGGGAGGAAGGUGACCUAUGCGCCCGAGAUCACGGCCUAUGUUGAGAAGAACAAGAUCAAGAAGGUGGUCGGUGUGAAGACGAAGGAGCUGUUGUUAUGGCUGACGGUGGAGGAGAUCUCGGUGACCGAUAAAGCGCCGGAGAAUGUCACCUUCACAACCUCGGCCGGGCUUUUCAAGACCUACAAGAGGUCGGCCUUUGAGCUCGAGGAGGAGGAGAAGAAGAAGAAGACGAACAUAGAGGAAGAAAUAGAGAAGUUGAAGCUUUCUCCCUUAGCUCCGGCACCGGCACCGGCGCCGGCGCCGGAGCAAGCUUCUGAGGUGGUGGCCAACAAGUGAAGUGAAGUGUCGUGAUGUGCUUCGGGGAAUAAAAUUAAAAUUAAGAAAAUUGGUGGAGGGAAUUGAAAAAGCAACUGCUGCCGUCACUACCAUUUAUGUUUUAUGUAAUAUCUUGAACUUUUUUUAAUAUAAUAUAUGAUUUCUUGUUAUGAGAAAUUAAUGAAAUAUUUUUUAAAA